CAGAGUAGUACCAGAUUCAUUCUUUUCAAUUACCCGUGCCGGGGUUUUGUGAACUUUGGAAUAUCAUUCGUUUCUCCUCAGUUCCCACUUCCAUCUCUCUCUCUCGCAAACGAUCCCGCAGCACGCCCCCGAGAUCACUCGCUUUCCAAGCACCGCAGCACAGUCAUCGGAACACAGCCACGGCGACAGCCUCCCUUUGGACCGGCCCCCAUCGUCUUGCCAACGUCCCAGCGCUAUUGCGACAGGGAAACCUCCCUCCACGAUCACCCUUCUGCCAACAGAACGGGUUGGGCCAUCGACACUGAUCCUCCAUCGUUGAGGUUGUGCUCAAUCCCGAACGUGAAGAACGACACGACGCCCAAGAUACACUCUGCUCAGCCGCCAUCAUGCGUCUCCGCGUGCAAAUGCCGAGGCGGCGAUAUGCCUUGGCGACUGUCGCUGCCUCGGGCGCUAUGCUCGCUGUGAAGCCCGUCUUCGCCCAAAACAACGGCGGCAAUAACAACAACAACAAUAACGAUAACAAUAACGAUAAUAACAACAGCCAGAGCACCGAUGGAGCGGAGGCAUCGACGUCUGAGACCCAAACAGACCAGGCACCAGAGUCAACAGCAGACCCAGCGUCCGAAACGACAAAUGAGCCAUCAGCUGAACCCACCAGCACCGAGGACAAGCCAGAGACCACUGCUGAGCCCGAGUCCACGACCACUGAAGAACAAAAGUCCACCAGCACGACCGAGGAAGACCAGACAUCGACGACGGAGGAGCCUACCGACACCACGACAGCGGCUGGGACGACCCAGUUGGGAGGCGGUAUCACUGGAGGCCCUACACUCACUCGUGGGUUUGGUAUCCCAGAGUAUCCUGCUGCGACUGUCCCUCCGACGGACCAUGCUCCGUUCAUGCGCCAUUCGCAAGCCCCUGAUGGCACCGUCUUCAUCAUUGUUGGCGCAGUUUUGGGCGCCUUCGGACUUGGCAUCCUUCUCUGGCGUUUGAUCGGGGGUCUGCUGCUCCAUCGAUCCGUCGAGCGUGCCGCUUUGGCACAGCACGAUGCUAACAGCAAGGCUGGCUUUCCGGCACCUCCUGCUCCGUUCUACAAGUACACUGAUCAGGGCUCCAACAUGUCCCUCAGUGGUGGUGCUACUGCUGGCCGUGGUGCUCGCCGGACAAACCGUGGCCCGACUCCCUCCGCAAACCCAAGUCACUCGAACCUGUUCUUUUCGCCAACUGCCGCCGGCACGGGCAGUACUGGCAACCGCAGCUCGACAUUCCUCCCCUCUGGUUUCUAUGCUGCAGGCGGUAACGCUGGAGGCGCGAACCACACUCACUCCAUCAGCUUGACAAACUUGCGGCCCGACUCACGGGGCCGUGGCGCCGCGCGUAACAUGUCCGGCCCUUCGCCUCCCGACUCGCCAUCAUUUGCUGCUCGCCGAGACAUCAGCGCGUCAACGCUCAACCGCCCGAGCAGCCAACGGGCGCCCAGUGCCUACCUCGACGAUUUGCUGGCUGAUGAUCCGGGCGCGCUGCCGCCUCCGCACAUGCCCCCGUCGACUGGACCACGUCACUCGAACCUGGGCCCCGGGUCGAACCGAUUUUGAGCUUGAGGAGCUACAAAUCGGGGGCGCAGUGAAUCUCGUUUAGGAGCAUGGUAGAUUUGAACAUGUAUUGUGAAUUCGGCGUCAAGGACGGUUGGCAUAAGAUCCAAAGGAAACGCGUUCCGUUGGCAUAGGGUGUGCCUCUUGCUUAAUAACAGACUUGGAAACGGUGGCAGCCUAUCGUUGUGUGUGCGCGAGAGGGAUCAAGACAACGGGCAUUGCCCAGUCUGGCACAUAAGGGUGCCCCUAGUACAUAUUCUACUUCGUAUGCGCAUUGAUAGUAUAAUUUGCCGCGGUAGCGACUC